CUCUCCCUCUCCCUCUCUCUCCCUUCCAGCUGGUUACGAGUCAUAUUAAUCUACGUUAUCUCUGGUGUUGGUGGCCUCCUAAUUAGUGGUAUAUUUAUACCAGAAACAGUUUCAGUCGGUGCAUCUGGCUCCCUUUUUGGUCUUCUAGGUGUACAGCUGGUCGAACUCCUUCAAGGCUGGAAAUGGGUCAAAAACCCUUGUGCCCAACUAACAAAGCUACUGAUAUUCGAUAUCAUAUUACUUGUCCUAGGGACUCUCCCUUACAUUGAUAACUAUGCCAAUAUCGGUGGCUUUCUAUUUGGUACCGUAUCAGCAUUUGUCUUUGUACCAUACAUCUCGGUCGGGAAAUGGGACAAAGUCAAAAAGUUCACAAUAGUCACUUUGUUCUUCCCUGUAUUGGUCUUCAUGUUCCUGGUCACCAUUUUCUUUUUUUAUGUUCUCCCCGACCCUAAUUUCUGCAGCUGGUGCAGUUACAUUAAUUGUAUACCGUAUACCGAAACCUUUUGUGAGGAUUUUCUGAGUAAUGUGCAGAGUUUUGUACCAACUAUCCCUGGAUAACUUAAGUAUUUAAGACUUAUAUUUUAUGCUUAUAUAUUAGUUUUAUGCUUAUAUAUUAGUUUUAUGUUUGAACACAGGUUAUAUAUACUAUAUAUACUGAUAUUAUUGUGUGAUUUUACCAUUUGAUCCAAGUGUUUUGUUGUGUGCUCUCCCACUAUGUGUGUCUAUAUAUGUGGAUCCAUAUAUCCCAGUUAAAUAUGAUAAUUUAAUUCUGUCAGUCUUGAUGUGUAUAAGUCUGGCUAGUUUUGUCUAGCAGUUAGUCUAUGUACUAGUGGACAGUGUAAACUGCAUAAUUGUGGUGUGUGGUGUUAUUGGAGGUCACCUAGAGUGACAAUCUAUGACAUUCAUGACCUUGUACUUGUACGGGGUCACAUGCUUACCACUUCCUCUUUGUGUUUCUAUAAAAUGAGAGAGAUCGGCAGUUCAGUUAUCUAUCAUAAAAUUCAUACCAACUCAUUCCAGUGUUAACAGCUAGCCCAGUCCAGCUCAAGAUGCUCAGAUUAGCCAAAUCCCUUGAAGGUUUUCUCAAGCUCUCACAGUCAAGCAGUGGUCCACACUUCACUGUCUGUGAGCUAGCUUCCAACAUUAGCUUCCCAUGCUCAUCCAGGAGCUAUUAUUAUCAAUACUCCAAUGAUCUUGGGACUGAUGUCAAGAGCAAAAUUUCGAUUGUUCAUAGCUCCUCUCUGCCUGAGAACAGCUUUAGCAGUCAAGGCUCAGUCUGGUCUCCUUUUAGUAAGAGACUGCCUAAAGAGAAAUGCGUUGUAUUGCAGCAGGAAGACAGAGGGAAAGAGUCUUCUUUUCUCCUGGCAGAAUGUCAAGAUGAGACAGAAGCUUUGGAGGCCAUGUCUGCCAUCGAUGAGACAUUGAGCCCUUUUCUAAAUGAGGGGACCAUCUACUUUUCAAAGAAGCUGCUAGAAAGCCUGAUACUACCAGAGCCUCUCCCAGUUGAUGAACUGAGCACUCACCUGGUAGAAUUGAUGGAGCAUCAAUCUGGUGCUUAUUCGCAUUGGUUUAAAGUAGCUCAGGCACUCAGCAAGAUUCCAGCUCAUGGUACUACUAGCUUCAAUAAGAGUUUUGUAACACCUGCUGAUCUUUGUAUGGCUACUUCUGCUGGAAGCCAGCCAGAUGAGUGCAACAUCAGAGAUCAUGGCACACCUGCUCAGGACAUGAAAGUCCCCCUGUUUCUGAAAAUGAUGUCAUACGAUGCAGAGUCGAUCUCUGAAGAGUUUUUCACACCCUGUGCUCAGACUGGUGAUGUCUUUACAUUCAGUGAUACUCCUAACGUGAGCCAAAACCCACUCCUAUACUCCAUUAGUAAAGGAUAUGCUAAAAGCUCCCUCCACUUACUAUUAGGAGGAGUGGAUCCUAAUGAAGCUGAUAUGGAUGGUAAUACUCCUCUUCACCUUGCAGCUGCUGCAGGGAAUCUAUUAUUAGUGCAGCUCCUCAUCACCUUUGAGGCCGACCCAAGACUCACUAACAGAAAUGGAGAAACUCCAUUAAACGUGGCAUUAGAUGCCGGAGCGUACGAUUGUGCCCUCAUCAUUGAAGAAGUAGCAAGAUUACUGAAUGCAAGGGAUGACUUGAUGGCAAGCAAUGGAACAACGAAAUCGUCUCAUUCGAACGAUAGCUCUCCAUUUCUCUUGACUCUUGAUGGAGGUGGAGUGAGGGCUAUCAUGGAAAUACAAGUCCUCCUUGCAAUCGAGAAACAAAUGAAGAAGAUAUCUCCACUUCACUCAUCUUCAAUCCUUAAAUCGUUUGACUAUAUAGCCGGGACCAGUGGUGGGGCCUACGUGAUGUUCAUCACAGUCUUCGGAAAGAAGAGUUUGACAGAUGCUCGAUCGCUAGUGUUCAGUGCUCUCAAUCAAAUCUCUGAAGGAACAUCACCAGAAACAGACCGUGCAGCAGCAUUGGAGGGUAUGCUUCAAGACAUGCUUGGAACAGAGACACUGAUGUCCGAUGUGCAGUCUCCUCGAGUAAUGGCUACAGCUACACUAGCUGAUAGAUCUCCUUGCAAGCUUCACCUGCUCACUAACUAUGGUUCAUCAAGAGAUGGGCAACUAGGACCAGACAAGAGAAAAGCAUGGGAAGCUGCACGGAUCACUUCAGCCGUACCCAUAUACUUUGGAUCGUUCGAAGGAAAGUUCCUAGAUGGCGGAGUCAUGUGCAACAACCCAACAUUAGACGCUAUAACUGAAGUCAUUGAUCAAGAGAAAACAGAGGGCACUAAUAGAAGACCUGGUCUGGUCCUUUCUCUUGGUUCUGGAGUCUCUGAAGCUAGAGCUAUCUCUAAUGUUGAUGUACAUCUUCCCUCUUGGUCUCUCUCCUCUCUACUGAAGCUCCCUCAGUCACUAAGGGGGCUUAAGAAUCUUGGUGAGAUAGUCCUUAAUCAGCUAACGAGCUCUGAUGGUCAAGAUGUUGAGAGAUGUCGAUCUUUGUGUCACCAAAUGGGCACACAUUGGUUCCUUGCUUGGUAA